AUGGGGGAAGCUCAAGAACUCUCACUACAGAUUAAAGGUCAUGAAGCCAAAGAAGCAAGCCCACCUGAAAAUGCCAAUGUCAACCACCACUCAACAGUCUCAAAGCUUAGACAAUACAAGUGGUGGAUCCAAAUGGUCAUUUUCUCUCUUUUAGUUCUCUCUGGCCAGUCAGCUGCCACACUCUUGGGAAGACUCUACUUUGACAAAGGCUAUGCAUUGAACCUUUCUAUAAUCCAGUUCGCUUUUCGAAAAAUUCUUAAGAGGGAAACUUUUAAAGUGGUCAUGGAUGUAAUAAUCUACCAAUCUCUCGUAGCGACAUGUGUGAUCCUAGUGGGGCUUUUCUCUAGUGGGGAAUGGAGGAAUUUGGGAAGAGAGAUGAAAGAAUAUGAACUUGGUAACGUAUCGUACGUAAUGAACUUGGUAUGGACUGCUAUGACAUGGCAAGUGUUUAGCAUUGGGGCAAUUGGGCUGAUUUUUAAGGUCUCUUCACUAUUCUCCAAUGUCAUAAGUACCUUGGGUUUGCCCAUUGUUCCGGUUCUUGCCGUGUUCAUUUUCCAAGACAAGAUGAGUGGAGUGAAGGUGGUUGCAAUGUUGUUGGCCAUUUGGGGUUUUGCAUCUUAUAUCUAUCAGCAUUAUCUCGAUGAUUUGGAAUUGAAAGCUGAAAGUAGAAUCGUUAAUGAAGUUUCUCUAGUUGAAAGAGCUUAG